AUGUUAACUGUUAUGAUCACAACAGGCAUGACAACAACAAAUAUUUUACAGUAUGAUUUACGUCCUUCAACAAAAUUGUCACUUGAUGAUAUAUAUGAAUAUGCUCAUUUACUAGGCGCAUUAAGUGGACUUGCAAAUAGAGAUAUGCCUAGAUUAUUUACAAUCUAUACUGAUUCGGAUUUACGUUGGUUGUCGUACAUGAAUUCAAUUAAUUGGCCAGAUGAUGCAAAUUAUACUAUCGUAACAUCGAUUGUUGAUCUUGUUCAACGUUUAUCUGAUCAUAUAAAAGGUGUUGUUCUCUAUGAUCCUAAAGUUCCUGCAACUUCCAAUCUUGCAUCUACCGCAUCAGGUGUUUAUGAUUUAAUACCUAUUUGUUAUAAACCCACUCCUAAUUCCUUAUAUACUCAACUUGUUGAACAAGGUCCACACCUUUCAAUUAAAUUAAAUUUUGUAGGCAUGUUCGUAGGAAAUAUUACAGGUAGUGCUAAAACAGAUGCAUAUAUAUGGGCAGCAGAACAUUUUUUGGAUAGUAAACUUGCCGAUAGUACUUAUCUGGGAUACUAUAUUGACAAAUGGUGGUCUCAGUCUCCUAAAGCAUCAGAAGUUAUUUUCGAAAAUUUAGCCGUCAAUCAUGAUUGGAUUAUUAAAAAUCGUGGGUUUGUAUUUGACUUAUCGCCUUGGGAUGAUGAAGCUCCCAAUGACGAUCCUAAUCAACCAUUAGGAAAUGAUUAUAAUACACUUAUUAAAUUAUUACAAAAAGCAUAUCAACAACAUAAUGGAACAAAAUUUAGUACUGUUAGUGGAUUUGUACCUUGGCUGUUUAAAUAUGUCGAUGAAAAACAUGAAGGUGUACCAUCUGAAUGGCGUAUGGCACAUGUCAUGUCUGCAUUUAAUAUUGUCAUAGAUGCAGAUGCUUGUUGUGUAGAUACAUUUGCUAAUGCUGCUUUUUUUAGUCAUUAUGCAUUAACUCAAACUAAACAUCGUUUUAUUCAAAAUUCAUUACCAUCUCGUGAACAACUUAUUCAACAAGGACUUAUGAAUGAACAAAAUAUUGUAUCUAAUAGAACAUAUAUUUUAUAUUAUGGUGGAGAUUAUGAUUCAGCAGCAUGGGUAGCUAAUAAAUUUAAAAAUCUUUGGGAUGAUCCGAAACGAGGAAGUGUACCAGUUGCAUGGGCUAUUAACCCAAAUCUUUACGAUCGUUUUCCAUUAUUACAUUCAUAUUUAUAUGAAACUCGUACUAAAAAUGAUUUUUUUGUAAGUGGAGAUUCUGGUUCUGGUUAUUUAAAUCCUACUCAAUUAUUUGAACCAAGAAUGUUUUCUGGUUUACCUCAUGCUGAUGAUUUAUGGAUUGAAAGAAAUCGUUAUUAUUACAAUAAAUUCAAUAUAAAGCAUACAGGUUUUGUUAUUAAUGGUGAUGCUGGACCAUUAACUAAUAAUUCAGAUUUAAUGUAUACGAAAUUUAGUCCACUUGGUUUUACACGUCAACAAGGCUAUACAAAACUUGGUGAAACUGCAUUAAUUCCUGGUACAAGAGUACCGAGUUUUACUGAAACAGAUCUUGCUGAUAAUAAUGAAGUACAGCAAGUACUUUCGUAUUAUAAACCUGGAUCAGUCAGGUUUGUAGUUUUUCGUGGUGUCCUGCGUAGUGCAACUAAUUAUGCAAAUAUUAGUGAAAAUGUUCAGAAAAUACAACCGAAUAUUACAUUUGUUGAUCCUUAUACAUUUGCUUUACUUGCUCGAAUUUAUUUAAGUAGAAAUGACUCGAUUAAUAAUGAUCUUGUUUCUUAUGUUAAUGAUAAUCUACCAGAAAUAGUUAAUAAUGGUGAUCUUAUUACAGUUAAUUUCUCAAUUCGAAAUGAAGGAUGGAAUAUAUUGAAUAAUCUUUCUUUGAAAUUAAUAUUUGCUUGUAAUUCUGAAUUUAUAUUUAAUUGGAAUACAGAAAUCAAACAUGGUAAUAUUGGAUCAGCUACUUAUCAAUUUCAAGUUGAAUGCAAUCAGCCGGGAGAAUAUAAAGUUAUCUAUCAACUUUUUCGAGGUAAUACAUCAUUUGAAGAUUUUGGAAAUGUACCAUGGAUAAGUUCAGUAAAAUUAAUUUAA